AGUGACUAGCGAGCGCUGAGUGCAUCACCGGCCAAGCAGCCAAGCGGCGGCGGUGCCAACCGGAGGGGCGGCGAGGCUUGGCGCUCGCCCGCGCACCACCCUCCUCCUCCCCCCGAAGAACGGCAAGCGCCAGCGAUGGAGUAGCUUGGUGGCGGAGGGCUUGAUGGCGGAGGAGCUCGGUGGCGAGACGGCCCGAGCGGCGACGGCGCCGGGCAGCGACAACGACGGCGACGCCAGCCUCCUCUUCUCCUUCCCCGCUCUCGCCUCCUCCUCCUCCAGCCCGUCGACUACCUCGCCCCUUUCCCCUCUAUCCUCUAGCAUAGUGUGGGUCCCGCUUGAGACGUGAAGAACUCGUAGCCAAAGUUGGCUACUCGGACCUGAGCAAGCUGCACGGUUUGACGAUGUGGCAUGGAAUAUUCGUUUUUGGGUGUGGAGGCUGAAUGCCACUUAAGCCCACUGUGAAUGGCCAUGGCCUAGGAGGACAUGUCUACCGCAGCGGAUAAUCGAGGCCGUUGAUUGCUGAUCCCAAUGACAGGUGGAAAUAUUUCUCUGGUCGAUGAUUGCGUUGAUUCGUGUUCAGGCAAAGGCCGCUGAAUCCAAAGCGGAUCACAGAAUUGGCACGCACAGAAAGAUAACAGUUAAAAACGAAGGAGAAAAAAAAAGUUGGGAGAAAAGCGGAGCAGGGAAGGAGACAGGGGAGAAGCGUCGAGAAACGCACCGCCCCCUAGCCCUAGGCUUGCCUCCUUCCGCGCCGGUGGGUGGGUGGAUAGGGGAGUAGGAGAGGGGGAUCUCGGCCACCGCCCACCGCCACCGCCGCGCCGCCGCCGCGCGCGCGCGCGCAUCGCGUCACGAUCUCGCGAGACCCCGAACCCCACGAACCCUCGCCGCGUCGCCGCGGGCCGUCGCGGUGGGGGAGGAGGAGGAGGGGUGGGUACUCGUUCUCCCAGUGGGGGAGGGUUUUGCCGCGGCGGGACCAGUGGCGCUGUUCCGGGGCUGCUUCUCCUUCGGGUCGGGGGGGCGGAGGAGGCCCGCCGCCUCGCCCCUGCCCUCGCCGCCGCGGGCGCCGCCGCUAGCCUCCUCCGCCUCCGCCGCCGCCGCGGCGCUAGCGGCAGCGGACGACGGCGCCAAGAUGAAGGGCCUCUUCAAGUCCAAGCCGCGGACGCCGGCAGACGUCGUGCGGCAGACGCGGGAGCUCCUCAUCUUCCUCGACCUACACUCCGGAUCACGCGGCGGCGACGCCAAGCGCGAGGAGAAGAUGGCAGAAUUAAGCAAAAAUAUCAGGGAGUUGAAGUCAAUUCUUUAUGGCAAUGGUGAAUCUGAACCUGUGACUGAGGCUUGCGUGCAAUUGACCCAAGAAUUCUUCAGAGAGAACACUUUACGGCUUCUAAUUAUUUGUCUUCCGAAAUUGAACUUAGAGACCAGGAAAGAUGCAACUCAAGUUGUUGCAAACUUGCAAAGGCAGCAAGUCUCCUCAAAAAUAGUUGCAUCUGAGUAUCUAGAAGCAAAUAAAGAUCUUUUGGACACCUUAAUUUCUGGGUAUGAGAAUAUGGACAUUGCUUUGCAUUACGGCUCUAUGCUGAGGGAAUGUAUUCGCCACCAAAGUAUUGCAAGGUACGUUUUAGAGUCUGACCACAUGAAGAAGUUCUUUGACUAUAUACAACUUCCAAAUUUUGACAUUGCAUCAGAUGCUUCUGCGACCUUUAAGGAACUUCUGACAAGGCAUAAAGCUACCGUGGCAGAAUUUCUGUCAAAGAAUUAUGACUGGUUCUUUUCAGAAUUCAACACUAGGUUGCUAUCAUCAACCAACUACAUAACAAAAAGGCAGGCUAUCAAGUUCUUGGGAGACAUGCUGCUUGAUAGAUCCAACUCUACAGUCAUGAUGCGUUAUGUUAGUUCAAAAGAUAAUCUUAUGAUUCUCAUGAAUCUCUUGAGAGAUUCAAGCAAAAAUAUUCAAAUUGAAGCAUUUCAUGUGUUCAAGUUAUUUGCGGCAAAUAAAAACAAGCCAACUGAGGUUGUAAACAUACUAGUCACAAACCGAAGCAAGCUUCUCCGAUUUUUUGCCGGAUUCAAGAUUGACAAAGAGGAUGAACAGUUCGAGGCAGACAAAGAGCAGGUCAUAAAGGAGAUAUCUGCACUUUAGUGUCCUUCUGUAUACCUCGCGGAGGCUUUUGGUCAAUGCGUCUGCCUAGUGGUCUCUCGUGGACUACUGUAUUUAUCCCACCCCGAGAGGCUUUCGCAUGGAUGGAUUCACCGCGAGUAUAUUAACGCGGUGGCCGGUGGCUGGAUGGUGUUGCUGGGUGAUUUGUUAGAAGGUUCUUGUGUAAUAAUAUACUUCUACAUAUUGCUAUAUGUUACUUGGAUUCAGGCAAAUCAUAUUGAUGGUGCUAUGAAGAUGUGAUAUGUUUACAUAUUUUA